AUGCCUCUCUUGCAAGUUGAAGUUCCUGAGGUGUCAUGUCAUUAUGGAAAGUUACCAGCUGCUUGCCAGGCCAAUGUAGACUUAGUCUCAUUACCAUUGGCAAGUGGAAGUGGAUUGGCAUGGAAAACAUGCAAUAUGAAGCUUCACAUGGUCCAAUGUACCUGGCAUUUUGAUAUUUGGCUAUCUCAUCUAUUGCCCUUGUUGAUAUUUGUGCGUUUGUUACUGCAUUCAGGUUCUUUCUUCCACAUGGACCAUGUAUCAUUGAAUUUACAACAAUAUUAUACAGCUGAAGAUUUACUUGAAGAUUGGAUAAUUCAGCACAGACAAAGCUAUCAAAAUCUUUAG